AUGGCUCAAGUUAAAGAAUGUAUACAAAAAGCAUACGAAUGUUCAAAAGUACGUGAAACUGUUGUUCCAAAAAGCUGUUUACCCAAACCAUCCAAACAUAAUAAUUGCAGAUGUAAAAGUGUCGCAGUUUGCAAAUCAUUAAAGAAUGAAUAUAAAUACGUCCAACCAUGUCGUCCGGAUCUGUGUAUACCUGCCACGCAAACACACUUAAGCGAUGCGCGGUUCACUGACGACUCCAUUUACAGUCGUUCGUUCUACCAACACGAUGUUUGUCGUGUCAAGCCUGUCAUACACCCUGACCACUUAGUAAUGGCCGGUGAAUUUCAAGAUGAUACGGUGCACAAGUUAAGUUACCCAGUACAAUGUUCGCCGGUAGUGCGAAAAAUCACACCCAAGGACCACUGUUUGACUGGCACAGGACCAAUGCGGCUGAUAACUACUCAACAACAUGAUUACUAUGGGCCGUGUGAUAGCGGGCGCCGAAAGAAUAUUAUUCCGUCAGGUAACCUUAUUCGGUCUGAAUGUCCGAUGGCAGGUUUGACCACUACCAACUGUUCAUACCAACCGGUGUGCGCUGGACCGAUGGAGAAUUACAAACCUCACACUUGCUAUACUGUUCCUGUGGAAGGAAUGGAUAUGAACACCGUGCAAAGAUGCAGCUACAAACUAGUCGAACCGAAGGAAAAACUCCCAACUCCGUGGGCAGAAAAGGUGGAAUAUUGUAAGCCGGAGGAUGCAAUAGAAUGUUGUACGGUUUACAACUAUAGCUACAAGGAACCGGGUGUGUAUAUGUUGGACGAUGGGUGCGGAAACACGCUCGAUAUUACAGCAGAGAGUAACUUAGAAAACUGUUGUCCACCUAGUUGUCUGGCUGAUAAUGUGGAUAAUGAGUUUAAAUCACAAUUCAUCAAAGCUCAUCAGUUUGAGGAUUAACCAAUGCAAAAUUACAGUAUUUAUGAUGUAAUUUCAUUAACUAAAAAACAAUUUUAUACUGUGACAAAAAUUGCAUAUUUGAAAGAUGACAUUAUGUAAAACAAUUAUCCUCAUACUAAAGAAAGACAAGCAAAGAAAAAAAUGGGUACACAAAAUUGAAAAAAAAAAAAUAAGACUUCGGGAAACCAUUUAAUAAUACGAUCACUAAGUCAUUAUGUGCCAGUCAUUUAACUAUAAUGGGCUCAAGUCUGGUUUCGAAUCAUUUUACCAAACAAGGAAUAGAAAUGUGCACAAAGGUAUGCAAAAGACAACUUGAGAGAAUCUUAAAAGUUUAUCCGACGAUCAUUGUAUUAAAAGAUACAUACUGCACGAGAAGUGGAAUUAAAAUGGCAAGUUGUGUGUGUGAGUUUAAGGUUUUAUGUCAAGUUAAUAUUCAUAGUGUACUUAUUCACUUUAUUGUAA